UACAGCAGAAUUGCAAUGGAAAUGUUACCAGGGAUAGGACACUCGACGAGAUCCGGGCUUUCCCUAUCGAUGACGACGGUGAAUGUCUGCCAAGGAUAUGCGCCAGAAAAUGAACAAGAUCUUUUCAACAGAAAACUGAAUCGCCCAGCAUGCCGAGUAUUUUCCGCAAGAAGUAAACUCCCCUUUGUGUCUUAUAGCAAGAAAUUCUGUGUGAGAAAAUCGAGUAUCACGUCGGCAAGAGAUUCGCGAGUGCAAGCACAAAAAAUUGUUCUUAGACAUAAAUGUAUAAUGUUGUUUCAACGAAUGUUAACUUAUUUUUUUAUCGCGCUAGCUCUGUGAGUGACGUGUAAAUUAUUUUGUUUAAAUAUUAACACGGUCUGAGGAGUUUAGAGAUGAGAAAAUACAAAUGUUUUUUCACGUUUUGUAAAAUUCGGAUGUCCAUUGUGUCUGCACUCUCGCAGCGUUUGGAAUUUUCUCACUUUCUCAUGAUCCUCUUUAGGUAAAAGAAAA